CUCUCCUUAGACGCUGCACCAUGGAUUCCAAAGAAUCUUUGCAUAUUGAACAAACCGGCAUCUUUGAUGACUACUCAGAUCCACCGCCUGCAUAUUCGCCCGCGCGUGCUUCAGUCGCGUCCUCGGAAGCGUCCCUCUGGACCAUCGAGCCGGACUUCCCCCCUGAGUUUACCAACGAUUCACGGGAGCUGGACUACUGCUUUGCGCCGGAAAAAGAUAGCAAGUUUAGUAUCAAUGCGGACAUCACGUCGCGCACGUCUGCUUUCAUCCAGGCGUUCAUGCGGCCGAGCACGCAGGCUCGGUUGGUGAGUGUGGGGUUGAACCGCAGCGAGUCUGGAGGGAGUAGCACUUCAAGUGGUGAACCCCAAUCAGAAAGCCCUAAGCCGCCACCACUAGACAUCGUGGUGAUGGUCGUCGAUGAAUCCAUUGACCCGUUCGUAAGCAUUGCAAAACAACUCCAGCAAGAUUCCCACCGGGUCCGGAUCGCCGCAGAUAUCUCAAACGCAUCGCGGGUACGAAGUCACGGACUGGACUUCUUCGCCAUCCCUCCGAUCACCUCAUCCCCACGAAGUUACAGGACAGCCAAUGGUCAGACUCUCAACUCAGCCGAUAACCGAGCGAACCAUGUCCGCAACCUCCGCCAUUCCCUCUUCGAAGCAUACAAACGAUGCUGGCAAGCCUGCAUUGCGCCCUACCGAGACGACGCCCGCCCCUUUAUGGCGGACGCGAUCAUCGCCACCCCAACGGCGCAUGCCCACAUUCACUGCGCGGAACGUCUAUCGAUCCCGCUGCAGAUCAUGUCCGCGACACCUCAGAGCCCUACCAAAGCCUUCCCGCAUCCCAGAGCGCGUCUGGAUCCCAACGAGGAGAUCGAUCGGCUGACUGCCAAUAUGUUGUCUUAUGCGUUGAUUGAGGAGUCGACGUGGCGUUUAAUCUUGGAGCCCCUCAACAUAUUCCGACGACAGGUUCUCGGGUUGAUGAGCAUUUCCCCAACUGUGGCGGGGAGGCUGCUGAUGGACCACGAGAUUCCACACACGUACUUCUGCUCGAUGGUUCUAGUUCCGAAGCCGAGGGACUGGGCGAUCAAUCGUGCACCGAUUUAUCUCAUAAUGAGGGACCCUAGUAUCGUGGACUCGGAUUUGCUGGUGGCAGCCAUUCAAGAGAGUAUACUAAAUCGUGGGCUUCGGAUUGUUGUCUCUCAAGAGUGCCGGCACGUCCGUGCGAAGUUGGACAAUCCCAACGUUCACGUUGUCAAAUCACUCACGUUUCAAACAGACUGGCUGCUCCCAAGAGUAUCUCUGGUCAUCCACAACGGGGGCAUAGAGACCACGAAACCGGCUUUACGGCACGGCAAGCCAAGCGUGGUCAUCGCACAGACCGACGACCACCUUUCAACCGGCCAAACUCUCGCGAAAAUUGGCGCCGCCGCCUCGCCACUACGCGCCAACGAGCUCACCUCCGAGGCCCUCGCCCAGGCAAUCGCCUUCUGCCUCCGUUCCGACGUUCAACAGACCACCCGAGCCAUCCAGCGACAACUCCUCGACGAGGCCGGGGCCGCCAGCGCCAUCAAGUCCUUCUACCGCUGGCUGCCUCCGCAGGUCCAACCCUGCAGUAUGACCAAGCAGGACCUGGCCAUGUACCAGAUCUGGAACCGACCGUCGCAGACAAUCUCCCCGGAGGCGGCAGCCGUCCUGCUGCAGGAGCAACGCAUCAAGCCUACGGAUCUCGUGCUGAUCACGCGGUGCCUAUAUAACAUCGCAUCCACGCAACCCGCCGCCGAACGUGCCGCCAAAGACUACUGGAAUGGAUUCUCCCACGCGGCAAAGGAUAUCGUCAGUGCCUCGGAUCUGGUGAGCAAGGUCCCUGGGCUGCGGAAGAAGGAUUCGAGGCCCGACGGCGGCGAUUACCCCCGCGGUAAGGGCCGACCCAACCUCGCGAAGGACGUCGGGGUCGGGACCGCCCGGUUCUUCGGGAACAUCGCUCUGCUUCCUUUUACCAGUACCGCGCUGGUGGUCAAUAGCGUCGCGUACGGGGUGAAGAGCGUGAAGGCACACAGGCAGAACAGCAGUCGCGAGGAAGAGAUCCCCGCUGAUGCAUUGGAUGCGAACCGGGGAGAUUUACCAGGCUUGUCAAAAGCAGGCCAAGCAAGACGCGAUUCUCCGGAGGGAUCACCCACUACAAAUCAGAUUGAGCUCAGAAACGAGGAGCACGUGGAGGCGAUCUGCCGGCGGCAUUUGGAUCGUGGAUUUCGGAACGACAAGAUCCAUAAUCUUGAGUUCAGGGGGAAUGUGGUUGAUGUUUUUGAAAGCGGUUGAGGGUUGGAAGGAGGGGCUGGCGUUAGGAGAUUCUGACCAUGUUUGGGAAGCGUGUGUUGUAUUAUGUUUUGGAAUUGAUUAUCGAGAAUAUAGAAUGGGAAGCGAGUUCAUU